AUACCCUACUCCCAAGGGCACUACUUUUGACCAGAACCAGACAGUGCAAACAGAUCUGGGACCAGGCUACUAUAUCCUGGCCUGGGACUGAGGACUGGAGGUUAGGACCAGGCUACUAUAUCCUGGGACUGAGGACUGGAGGUUAGGACCAGGCUACUAUAUCCUGGCCUGAGGACUAGAGGUUAGGACCAGGCUACUAUGUCCUGGCCUGGGACUGAGGACCGGAGGUUAGGACCAGGCUACUAUAUCCUGGGACUGAGGACUGGAGGUUAGGACCAGGCUACUAUAUCUGGGACUGAGGACCGGAGGUUAGGACCAGGCUACUAUAUCUGGGACUGAGGACUGGAGGUUAGGACCAGGCUACUAUAUCUGGGACUGAGGACUGGAGGUUAGGACCAGGCUACUAUAUCUGGGACUGAGGACUGGAGGUUAGGACCAGGCUACGAUAUCCUGGGACUGAGGACUGGAGGUUAGGUUAGGAGAUUGUCCAUACUAGACAUGGGUUCAAAUGGUAUUUGUUUUCUGUUUAAUCACUUUAGAGGAUGUUUGAUUGAGCUUGUCUGGCUGCAGUGGAUUAGUGCUUUAGUCCCUGAUCAGUGUGGAGUGUGGUGUCAUGAAAACAACCUCACACUCAACGUCAACAAAACUAAGGAGAUGAUUGUGGACUUCAGGAAACAGCAGAGGGAACACCCCCCUAUCCACAUCGAUGGAACAGUAGUGGAGAGGGUAGCUAGUUUUAAGUUCCUUGGCGUACACAUCACAGACAAACUGAAUUGGUCCACUCACACUGACAGCGUCGUGAAGAAGGCGCAGCAGCGCCUCUUCAACCUCAGGAGGCUGAAGAAAUUCGGCUUGUCACCAAAAGCACUCACAAACUUCUACAGAUGCACAAUCGAGAGCAUCCUGGCGGGCUGUAUCACCGCCUGGUACGGCAACUGCUCCGCCCACAACCGUAAGGCUCUCCAGAGGGUAGUGAGGUCUGCACAACGCAUCACCGGGGGCAAACUACCUGCCCUCCAGGACACCUACACCACCCGAUGUUACAGGAAGGCCAUAAAGAUCAUCAAGGACAUCAACCACCCGCUUUCAUCCAGAAGGCGAGGUCAGUACAGGUGCAUCAAAGCUGGGACCGAGAGACUGAAAAACAGCUUCUAUCUCAAGGCCAUCAGACUGUUAAACAGCCACCACUAACAUUGAGUGGCUGCUGCCAACACACUAUCAUUGACACUGACCCAACUCCAGCCACUUUAAUAAUGGGAAUUGAUGGGAAAUGAUGUAAAUAUCACUAGCCACUUUAAACAAUGCUACCUUAUAUAAUGUUACUUAAUAAUAUAAUAAUAAUAAUAUAUGCCA